CAAAAGUAAGUAUUUUUGUAUUGAUAAAAAUCAAUGUAAAUACUCCAUGUAAAGUAAUAUUAAAAAAGUUUAGCCAUGGCAAAUAUGCGGAAUGCGCGUCUAAUGCGUGAAAUAAAAAAUUUGGAAGCAUCGCCUCCCUGGGGAAUAACUUGCAAUCCAGAUAAAGAUGAAUCACUAAAUGUUUUGCAUGUGAAAAUGUUAGGACCCAGAGGCUCUCCAUAUGAAAGUGGAUUGUUCGAUCUUAUUAUCAACGUCCCCGAAAAGUAUCCCUUCGAACCACCACAAGUGAAGUUUAUUACGCCUGUAUAUCACCCUAAUAUUGACAAAGGUGGUAGAAUAUGUAUGAACAUGUUAAAGAUGCCACCAAAAGGAUCAUGGUUACCGACCAUAACAAUAGAAACACUUAUUAUUUCUGUGCAAAGCCUCCUCGCUAAUCCGAACCCAGAUGAUCCUCUCAUGAUGGAUUUGGCGAUUGAAUACAAACAUGAUAUAGAGAAAUUUUUAGAUAAUGCACGGAAACACACACAAAAGUAUGCUAUAUGAUCAUUGUGGUAAGGCCAUUGUUUUGGUCUUGUUUGAGAUUUGGGUGAAUGUUAUGUAAAAGUUAACCCAUUGGAACAAUAUGUUUUGUUACUCAUUUUAAUUUGUUAUUUAGAAAAACAUUAAAAUAAAAUAAAAAUAUGGAUCUAUAUUAGAGAUGAAAUGGAUAGUUGUUUGGUCAGAUAGGCUGAUAUCCAGUGGCUUCUAAUUCAAUUUGUUGUUAUUUCUUUGUAUGUCACGACUAUCUUAGCACCACGCAGGCAAUGUUUUGACAAUUUUAAAUCUAUCUAUAGCAUGCAUCGAUAGAUUUACAAUUGUCAAAGUUUUACAGAAUAUUUGCUUAAGACUUCUUGGAACAAUGUUUAUUUCUAUAGUCAGUUUUAAGCUGGCCUUGUUUAUGAAAACAAACUUAAGUGCUCAAUAAAGUUAAAUGUGGCAAGUUUCUUUUUUAUUCAAGGAAAUUUACCACAUGCUAAUUUUUAGUAUUAAUUAAAUACUUACUCAGAAAGAACAAAUUAAUCAUAUUUUAAUAAAGUUCUUAUUCCAUUUACUAGUUUUAUUUUGUAUUUAUUGCUACACAAAUAUGUUUUACUUGUGAUAUUGUACUACAUGUACAUUAUAAUUAAAAUUUCUUUAGAAAUACAUAUAUAGUUUUAAAUCUGGGCUAUCCAACUGAACACCAAAAAUUUGACAGAUAUUUGUUUCAUCUCUAAUAUUUGUGAUCAGUUUUAAAUUUACCCUUUAGAUUAAAACUAAUUUUAGAUGGGAAUGUUGCUGAAACGAAUCACUUAUAAGGCCCAUUUUUAAUUAAACAUUGAGGUAUAGUUACUACUAGUGCACAAAUCAAAAUAUAAAAAUACAUGUUAAAUUAUUGUAGCUGAAUAACUUUUAUAUAUAUAUUAUAUCUAAAUAACUUUUGUGUUUGAUGUUAUUUAAGGAUUUUUUUUAUGUAAUAAAAAUUUGGUUUCUUUGACUAUGACAAACUGAAACGAAAAUGCUGAAGCAAAUGUGCAUUAAUUUUUUUUAAACUGGUGAUAAUUACCAUGACAAAAUGUUAUAUGUAAAAACAUAUUUAAUUUUAUAUUCAAGUGCGGUCAAAAUGGAACGGAACUGACACGUGCAGUCCGCCCAGUAGUGGAAUUAAAUGUUAUUUUAUUAUAUGAUAGUUUGGAUUUUAGCUCGUGAUUUGCUACUGUGUUAGAGAUUUAUGGUAAUAGGAUAAUAUUUUAGUGACUAGACAUUUUAAUAAACAUACCUACAUAAACAUAUUAAGGGUAUAAAACCAUGACCCAAACCAGAAUCAUUUAGCAUUAGUAUAAAACUCAUUUUCAAUAUACUUCGACAAAAUUUUCAUCCUAUUCUCAUAGUGCGCGAAUUAUACAUAUUAUUAUACAUAUAUUACUUCGUUAUUGUAAGCAUAUUCCAUUAAUGUUUUUACUUUUGUAUUAGUUUUUUUAUUAUUAUUAUACAUCUAUUUAUAUUAUAUCGAGACUAUCCAUUAUGCCCAGUCUCUGUGUCUGUCAAAUAUUGGCGGGAAAUUAAUAAAUGUUUUUUGAUAAUUUUGUUACUUUUAAACGUUAUGUCGCUAGUCGGUUAUUAUAAUAUCAGAUAAAUAAUUAAAAUGUUGUGUUCACUUUAUAAGUAACAAGUUAUUAAGUUUAAAAUAUUUACGAGGUUACAUAAAUGUCAUAUAAAUAAAAUUUAACAGAAAGUAUCGUCAAUGCAAAAUAUAUGUAAGCGAGAAGAAUUAUAUUAAAAUGGCGAUAAAAUGUCAGCGUAUAUAUAAAAUAUAAUAAAAUAUUUAUAUUUGCUUCAUUAUAAAAUGCUCUCUAAUAAAGUUUGUUUAAAAACUUUAAAAAUAAAAUUUUCUUUGUAUAGAAAGUUAAAUAAAUGUGAAUGAAUUAUUAGUGUAGCAUUGCUAUUUUAUUCAAAUAAUAAAAAAAACUACUUAAAUCGAAUUUAAGUCCUUACCUUUAGAACUUCAGUGUCUUUGACCUUGUGAUCUAUUUUAUUAUUAAAUAUGUACAAUAAAUAAGCAUUAUACU